AUGGCGAUCAAGUGCUUCCAUACUCAUCUGUACAUGUUUUUCCUCGUUUUCUCUAUUUACAACUUGCAUUCAUCAUCUGCAGCAACAAACUAUAAUGUGUUAAGUUUUGGAGCCAAAGGCAAUGGUGUAACAGAUUCCACCCAAGCAUUCAGCAAAGCAUGGGCUGCAGCUUGUGGCUCCACAGAAUCAACCACAAUUUAUGUACCAAAAGGAAAGUAUUUGCUUGGUUCUAUGACCUUUAAAGGUGACUGCAAAAAUACAGAUAUCAAUAUGCGCAUUGAUGGAACUCUAGUGGCUCCAUCAGAUUACCGUGUACUAGCUCAAGCUGACAACUGGCUAAGCUUUGAAGGGGUUAGCGGUGUUUCCAUCAUCGGUGGAGCACUGGAUGCCAAGGGAAGUGCGUUGUGGAAUUGCAAGGCUAAAGGCACUAAUUGUCCCAAUGGCGCUACAACAGUGAGCUUUAGCAACUCAAACAAUAUCAAAAUCAAGGGACUUAUAUCACUAAAUAGCCAAAUGUUUCACAUUGUUAUCAACGGUUGCCAGAAUGUUCAUGUUGAAAGAGUUAAAGUCAUAGCUACCGGCGAUAGCCCGAACACAGAUGGAAUUCAUGUCCAAUUAUCUAGAAAUGUCAAUAUCAUGAGCUCUUCCAUUAAAACUGGGGAUGAUUGCAUCUCAAUUGGCCCUGGAACUAAGAACUUGUGGAUUGAACGUGUCACGUGCGGCCCCGGUCAUGGUAUUAGCGUUGGGAGCCUGGGCAAGGAUACAAAUGAGGAAGGAGUCCAAAACGUGACAGUUCAAAACACAACUUUUGUAGGUACUCAAAAUGGGUUGAGGAUAAAGUCAUGGGCUAGACCUAGCAAUGGAUUUGUCCAAGGCAUUCGGUUCUUAGAUGCUAUUAUGCGAAAUGUUCAAAAUCCCAUUAUUAUUGACCAAAACUAUUGUCCUCACAACUUAAAUUGUCCAGGCCAGGUUUCAGGUGUCCAAAUUAGUGAUGUAACAUAUCAAAAUAUUCGUGGAACAUCUGCUACACCAGUUGCUAUAAAUUUAAAUUGUAGCACAAAAUACCCUUGCAAAGGAAUAAGAUUACAAAAUAUAAACUUGAAGUAUUCAAACCAAGUCGCUCAAUCAUCUUGUAGUUACGUAACCGGGAAGGAACUUGGCUUGGUUCAACCCAACAAUUUUAUUGCCACUGACUGA